AUGAAUGUUAAUUUAGUCGGAAAAGGCUGGUUCCAAGAGCCACGCAGCCUAGAUACUUCAUUAUUUCCAGAGAAAAAUGCGUGGCACAGUUGGUGGAAUGAAACGACCAUAUCUUUUGUGCAGCAAUCGAUAUCUGAUCCAAAUGCAUUGACUGUUCUAUUAACUGGGCGACAAUAUUCACCCUUUCACGAAAAAAUUAAAUCUAUGCUAUUAUCACGAAAACUUUUUUUUGACGUGAUUUCUUUAAAACCUGAUGAUUCAAAAAUCCAAUGGGAACUGAUGUAUCGACAACCUCAAUUAUCAGAAAAAUUCAAAGGUAAAGUCACAGAUAUACCCGCGAAUUACACCACAAUAAUCUAUAAAAAAGCUCUGAUUCAGGGACUCGUCAAACAUCAUCCUUCCGUGCGAGAAAUAAGUAUUUGGGAAGAUCGGCAGAGACACGUACGGUAUUUCAAAAGAUUUUUAGAUGAUUUUAUUGAGCAAGGAAUAAUCGAACAAGGAACUAUUCAUGUUGUGAGGUGUAAAGAAAAGUAUUUAGAUGAACAAAGUGAAAUCGAGCUGGUAAAUAGCAUGAUCGAAGAAAAUUUCAUUGAAUAUGAAGAUAUUAUUGUAGAAGAUAAUAUCAUCAGAGAAAAUAAUAUCAAAGAAAAUUCUGCGAUAGAAGAUACUAAUGUAAAUAAUGACGAUCACAACUCGAUUGUGUUCACAUAG